AGUCGCCCGGCCCCCGGCGGCAGCCCCGGGGCCGGGGGCAUCGGACCCCCUCCCGCCGGGGGAGGGGGGCUCCGCCUCGCCGCCGGCAUCGCCUCGCCGGCGGGAAGGCGCGCGCGCCGCGAGCGGAGGGAGAGCCCAGCGGAGCCCGUCCCGAAAAAAUGUGAAAGCAUUUGCAUCUUCAGAUAGCCUAGCCAAGGUCCAAGAAGUAGCAAGCUGGCUUUUGGAAAUGAAUCAGGAACUGCUCUCUGUGGGCAGCAAGAGGCGACGAACUGGUGGACCUCUUCGAGGUAAUGCUUCCUCAAGCCAAGUAGAUGAGGAGCAGAUGAAUCGGGUCGUAGAAGAGGAGGAGCAGCAGCAAAGACGACAACAAGAGGAGCAGCACAUUGGGAGGAAUGGGGAGAUAGGAGAAGAACCUGGAUUUGAUGACAGGCAUGAGUCUCAGCAGGAACAGUUAGAAGAAAAUAAUAACAGACUUAUUACAGUGGAUGAAGAAUCCACUUGUAAUCAAGAGGAAGAUGAUGAUGAACAUGCUGGUGAUCAAGAGGAGGAGGCGGAAGAGGAGGAGGAAAUGGAUCAGGAGAGUGAUGAUUUUGAUCAGUCUGAUGACAGCAGUAGAGAAGAUGAACACGCGAACAGUAACAGUGUCACAAAUUCCAACAGCCUCAUGGACUUGCCCAUUCACCAGUCAUCGCCAUUCUACAUGAAGACAAAGAUGAAGAGAAAGUUGGACCAUGGCUCCGAGGUCCGUUCUUUCUCUCUGGGAAAGAAACCCUGCAAAGUCUCAGAAUACACAAGUACUACGGGGCUGGUGCCAUGUUCCGCCACACCUACUACUUUUGGGGACCUGAGGGCAGCCAAUGGCCAGGGACAGCAGCGCCGCCGCAUUACAUCUGUGCAGCCACCAUCGGGCCUUCAGGAAUGGCUGAAAAUGUUUCAGAGCUGGAGUGGACCAGAGAAGUUACUUGCUUUAGAUGAACUCAUUGAUAGUUGUGAACCAACACAAGUAAAACACAUGAUGCAAGUGAUAGAGCCCCAGUUUCAAAGAGACUUCAUUUCCUUGCUCCCAAAAGAGCUGGCACUGUAUGUGCUGUCAUUCCUGGAACCCAGGGACCUUCUGCAGGCAGCCCAGACAUGUCGUUACUGGAGAAUUCUGGCUGAAGAUAAUCUUCUCUGGAGAGAGAAAUGCAAAGAGGAGGGUAUUGAUGAACCAUUGCAUAUCAAGAGGAGGAAAGUAAUAAAACCAGGCUUUAUACACAGUCCGUGGAAAAGCGCCUACAUUAGACAACACAGGAUUGAUACCAACUGGCGGCGAGGAGAACUUAAAUCGCCUAAGGUGCUCAAAGGGCACGAUGACCACGUGAUCACGUGCCUGCAGUUCUGCGGGAACCGGAUCGUGAGCGGCUCUGAUGACAACACGCUGAAAGUGUGGUCAGCGGUUACAGGCAAGUGUCUGAGAACACUGGUUGGGCACACAGGCGGAGUCUGGUCAUCACAAAUGAGGGACAAUAUCAUCAUCAGUGGAUCUACAGACAGAACGCUGAAGGUUUGGAACGCUGAGACUGGUGAAUGCAUACACACCUUGUACGGUCACACCUCCACCGUGCGCUGCAUGCAUCUCCACGAGAAAAGAGUGGUCAGUGGAUCUCGAGAUGCUACGCUGAGAGUUUGGGACAUAGAGACGGGCCAGUGUUUACACGUUCUGAUGGGCCACGUAGCUGCAGUUCGGUGCGUUCAAUAUGAUGGCAGAAGGGUUGUAAGUGGUGCAUAUGAUUUUAUGGUCAAAGUGUGGGAUCCAGAGACAGAGACCUGUCUGCACACACUGCAAGGGCAUACUAACAGAGUCUACUCGUUACAGUUUGAUGGUAUCCAUGUGGUGAGUGGAUCUCUUGACACUUCCAUCCGAGUUUGGGAUGUGGAGACAGGCAACUGCAUUCACACUCUGACAGGCCACCAGUCACUCACAAGUGGAAUGGAACUCAAGGACAAUAUACUUGUGUCUGGGAAUGCCGAUUCUACGGUCAAAAUCUGGGACAUUAAAACAGGACAAUGUUUACAGACAUUGCAAGGUCCCAACAAGCAUCAGAGUGCUGUGACCUGUUUACAGUUCAACAAGAACUUUGUAAUUACCAGCUCAGAUGAUGGGACUGUAAAACUUUGGGACUUGAAAACGGGUGAAUUUAUCCGAAAUCUAGUCACAUUGGAGAGUGGGGGAAGUGGAGGCGUCGUGUGGCGAAUCAGAGCUUCUAACACAAAGCUGGUGUGUGCGGUUGGGAGCCGCAACGGGACUGAGGAAACAAAGCUGCUGGUGUUGGACUUUGACGUCGAUAUGAAGUGAAGGGCAGAAAGAUGAAUUUGUCCAAACGUGUAGACGAUGUUCUCCUUUCCCUCCCCCCUGAAAAAAAAAAAAAAAAAAAAAAAAAAAAAAAAAAAAAGGAAAAAAUCCCUUGUCCUUGGUGGUGCAGGAUGUUGCCUUGGGGCAACAGAUCCUAAAGACCUACAGACUACGAAGGAGAAGACAAAGAUGACAAACUGUAACUGACAAGAGAGGCUUUUGCUGUCUCGUCACAUAAAAAGGCUACACUUACGACCGGGGCAGCUUUGCAAAAAUCCAACUUUUGAAAUGAAACCAGGUGCAAUUAAUUUCUUUACUUUCCUCCAACUGCUCCUUGAGCAAUUUGGAGUGAAAAAAAAAAAAAAAAAAGUUACAGUUCUUGUUAACAAAUUAUUUUACCACAAAGAUCUUGAAAUCAGCUGCACAAGCGAGCCUGCUCGUGCACCCCUGGGCCACCCUGGGUCCCGGCAGCCCCUCCGAGCAACGCGCUGUCCCUUAGCCCCGCUCUGAGCAGGGGGUUGGACUGGACCUCCAAAGUCCCUUCCAACCUCUGCAAUGAAAAAAACAAACAAAAACAAAAACAAGGAGUCCAUUCCUGGUGUGGAAAAGCUAAAAUAUUACUGUGAAUUGUUUUGUACAGUUUUAUCAGAGCUUUUUCUUUUUUUUCUUUUAUUCCUCUUUUUUUUUUGCCAACCAUUGCCAAUGUCAAUCACAGUAUUAGCCUCUGUUUAAUCUAUUUACUGUUGCUUCCAUCUACACUCUUCAACGCAUAAGUUGCUCUGAGGUGGCAAGUUGUCCUGGGUUCUGAGAGUCCUCUGAUGGAUUUAAUUCGCAAUGCUGGUGCUAGAAGUAGGUCUUCAAUUACGGGAUUGUUGUCCCACCCCUGUACUGUAUUCCCAGUGGCCAAACUUAUUUAUGCUGCUAAAUGAAAGAAAGAAAAGCAAAUUAUUUUUUUUUAUUUUUUUUUCUGCUGUGACGUUUUAGUCCCAGACUGAAUUCCAAAUUUGCUCUAGUUUGGUUACAGAAAAAGACUUUUUGCCACUGAAACUUGAGCCAACUGUGCCUCUAAGAGGCUGAGAGUGGAAGAGUUUCAGACAAUUAAGAGUGAAGUUUGCCUGCAAAUAAAGAAUUGAGUGUGUGUGCAAAGCUUAUUUUCUUUUUUCUGGGCAAAAAUUAAAACACAUUCCUUGGAACAAAGCUAUUGCAGCCUGUUCUGUGGGGAAAUUUUUCUUUGUGAGGGCUGUGGUGAAUGGAAUGAACAUACAUUAAAAAAACUGACAAAAUUUUUUAAAAAUAUUAUAAAAUACAAAAAUUAAAAUAAAGUUGCUGGUCAGUCUUAGUGUUUUACAGUAUUUGAGAAAAAAACACAACUGUUACAGUUAUUGCUGGGAGGAACUGACAGAGCAAAAACUUAGGUUUUUGUAAAGAUGUCACAUGCAAACAAAAUGAGAAACGAGAGUCAAAUGGUUUGCCUCAUUCUCCAAGAGCCACAACUCAAGCUGAACUGUGAAAGUGGUUUAACACUGUAUCCUAGGCGAUCUUUUUUCCUCCUUUUUUUUUGUUUUGUUUUUGUUUUAUUUAUAGUCUGAUUUAAAACAAUCAGAUUCCAGUUGGUUAAUUUUAGUUAUGUAACAACCUGACAUGAUGGAGGAAAACAACCUUUAAAGGGAUUGUGUCUAUGGUUUGAUUCACUUAGAAAUUUUAUUUUCUUAUAACUUAAGUGCAAUAAAAUGUGUUUUUUCAUGUUA